AUGUCCGAUAAGAAUAAAGAUACUCGUAGUCAGAGUAAGAAAAUUAUAUAUGACGUGUAUAAAUUUUUUAAAAACCUAUCUGAGAAACCUGAUUUGACAGCCGAUUUUUUUAAACGUGCCCAAGAAGUUACAGCUCAAGCUUGUAGAGUUUCAACUCGUACCGUUACCCGCAUUUGUUGUGAGGCUUCGAAAUCAGUAAAUCCACAAACACAUGUUCCAAGUCCAUCUUUUAAAUCUCCGCGGAAAUCGUACAAACGCGCGAAAAUUCUAACUGAGUUGGACGAUUAUGAUGCAAGUAUAGUUGGAAGUAUUGUACAUGAUAUAUAUGAUAAUGGUGAGUACCCUCUUUCUUCAAUAAUUCUCAAUACUCUGCGAGAAAAAAUUAAUUACACCGGAAGUAUUAAAUCAGUGCAUCGAAUCCUUAAACAUUUGAACUUUUCGUUUAAGAAAUGCACCGAUGGUCGCAAUUUGUUAAUGGAGCACACAGACAUUGUUGCUCAACGAUGUAUAUUUCUUAGAAAAAUGUGCACAAUGCGUACAAAUAAAGAUAGUCACCCCGUCGUUUAUGUUGGUGAGACAUGGAUUAACCGAAAUCAUCCUACUGCUAAAGAAGGAGGAGUGAUUGUUUGCUACGCAGGAUGCACCCGCCAGGGUUUUAUUAAAAACUCCAAAUUAGUUAUUUGUAGUAAUACUGGCAAUAGUAUUGAAAACAAUUGCCAAAUGAAUGCUGAAGUUUACAAACAGUGGUUUCUGACAUUGCUCGACAAUAUAGAAGAGCCAUCUGUUAUUAUAAUGGGCAAUGCAUCUUAUAGUUUAACCUUAUCUGAAAAUUAUCCCAAAUGUAAUUCAAUAAAAGCAGAUGUACAGAAAUGGCUUACGGAUAAAAAAAUUCCCUACAGUCCUCUCGAAACAUUGGCCGAACUUAAAAUAAAGGUAAAAAAUACAAUUUCACGUGAAAAAUCUUUCCAUCUUGAUCAACUUGCAUUAAAAAGAGGUCACGAGGUGAUACGAUUUCCUCCCUAUUACCAUCAGUAUAAUCCUCUCGAGUUAAUUUGGGCCCAAGUUAAGGAUCAAGUUAAAAAAUUAAACAAUAAUUUUAAUAUCGUGGAAAUUGAACGAUUGACUCACGCAGCAUUAGAUUCGAUGACUGUAUGUGAUUGGGAUAAAUGUGUACAACAAGCAGAAGCUGUCCAAUCACAGGCCUAUGAAAAAGAAAUUCGAAGAGAUACCAUAUUAGAACCCAUGAUACGAACCAUAUUACCUGAUAACAAUGAUUACAGUGGUGAUGAGGAUGCAGAUAAUGAUGAAGACUUAUUAUUUUUAUGA